CUAUUCAUCGUCAAAGUACAAAGUGGCGAGCAUGAAAAAGCACGAUGUUGCUCGCGAUUUUUAACGUUAUUUUGCUGAUUCUCUCUUUUGGAAAUCUCGUAGUUUUUGCGUGUGUCGGUGAGCCAAUCGCAGAUACGUUGACUGGCAAAGUGCACGGCUCUAAAGCACAGGAUUCCGAGGGUGAUGAGUAUUGCUCGUUCAAGGGCAUCCCUUACGCCAAGCCACCUGUAGGAGACCUUCGAUUCAGAGAACCCCAGCCGGCGGAGCCAUGGACGGAAGUACGAGAAGCGAUGGUGUUCGGAGAGAACUGCCUUCAAUACGAUUUGCUCAGCCACCGAAUAAAGGGUAUCGAAGAUUGCCUCCACCUGAACGUCUACACAAAGAGUUUGCAACAGGGAGCUCGACGUCCGGUUAUGGUUUGGAUUCAUGGAGGCGCCUUCGUAUGCGGUUCUGGCGAUGACGAUAUAUACGGACCUGAAAAUUUCAUGCGAAAGGACAUCGUAUUGGUCACCCUCAAUUAUCGACUUGGAGUUUUCGGAUUUUUAAAUUACGACGAUGAGUCGGCAUCAGGCAAUCAAGGUUUGAAGGAUCAAGUGCUGGCUUUGCAAUGGGUUCGCGAUAACAUUGCUCAUUUUGGCGGGGAUCCUAAUAGCGUGACGAUAUUUGGCGAAAGUGCAGGCAGUGCAUCUGUGCAUUAUCUUGCUAUUUCUCCACUAGCAAGGGGUUUAUUCCACAGAGUUAUUUGUCAAAGUGGAAUGGUACAAAAUCCAUGGUCCUUUCUUUCGAAUCCAAAGAAAAUGGCGUUACGGUUGACGAAUAAUUUUAAUUAUACUGGAAAAGACCCAAAACAAGCAGUCCAGUUUUUGAGGACAGUCGAUGCUUUGAAAUUAGCUGAAGCCCAAGAAAAUUUACUGACACCCGAGGAAAAACUUCAAGCGAUAUUCCCGUUUGUACCGACUGUCGAUUUGAAAUCUAAAAAACCUUUUAUGCCAGUUCAUCCGGAAAUAUUAGCCGCUGAAGGCAUUCAAGUGCCUUCGAUUAUUGGUCACAACAGUCGAGAAGGCAUACUGUUCUAUCGAAAUAUAACGAAGAAUUACGAGAAAUUCAACAAGGAAUAUCAUCAAAUCGUUCAUCCAGAAGUAAAGAACAUUUUGAAAAACUAUGGGCUGACUCUCGAAGACAUAAAACACGUUUACUUCGAUAACGACUCAGUAACGAAGGAAAAUAUGGAUAACUUGGUUGAUUUAUUCGGAGAUUUAUACUUCGUCGAGGGCAUUAACAGAGCUCUGAAGAUUCAAAUUGAAAGAAGCUCGGCACCGACUUACUUUUACCAGUUUACUUACGACAAAACACUGUCGUUUAUAAAAAUGUGGGUCCAUACGCGAAUGAGCGGUGCAUCUCACGCUGACGAGCUAUUUUUCUUGUUCAGACCGCACUAUUUAGACAGUAAAAAUCCAUACCCGAAAAAAGAUUCAGACAAGUACAGGAUCACUCAACAAAUGAUUGAGUUAUGGACAAACUUCGCGGCAACAGGUUUACCAACACCGAAGUUAACAGAAGUAGUUCCUAUACUGUGGCAGCCUAUCCACAAUGGAACAGUCCUUCGCUAUUUGAAUAUAUGCGAAGAUUUGUGCAUGGAAGCUACAUUGAGCUUGGAGCAGAAGUAUUAUGUAAAAUUGUUACCUGCCGAACCGAGUAGCGGGAGAAUUAAUUACAACUCCUUGAGUUUGACCUCUUUUAUUUUCGUUAUUGUCAUGUUUAAUCAACUAAUUGACGGUUUUUGAAUUGAUUGUCCUACCUUUCUGGCGAAAUUUGUUACGUUCUUAGUAGUUAUAAUAAUAAUUUAUGCAAUCAUAAUUUUUGACUGUAACAGUAAUAACAGGUUUUUUUCAUAUUGACUUAGAAAAUAAAAUGAAAUAAAUGUUUCAAAUAAAUCACUCUAUACCUGUCUAAAACCAUUAUUCAGAAAUGUAUCAAAUAUGAUCAACUGAAUAUAGUGAAAUAAAAACAGAAAGAAUUACAGAAAUAUUCGUAUAUGUUAAUUGGAUACUAAGAAUCAAUUAUAAUUGAUUGUUUCGUAUGUGCUAUAAUUACGCUUUUGUAAAAUAUAGAGAAUAUGAAACGUGCUUUUAGUGGAAAUAAAUUUUACUGUUACAAU